GAACUAGUUUCUUUAGAUUACACAAGUAGCUCGUUCAAAUAUUCAACAACAGCGUGCUGCUGAUAUUUAUAAUGCAGCAAUUGCGUUAUUAUGUUGGCAGAGUCUUCGCUAGAAGUCGGCUUUACUCUACCCAAACACAGGGAGAUAUCUAUGAUGUGGUAGUGAUCGGAGGGGGACAUGCCGGCACAGAGGCGUGUGCAGCUGCUGCCCGCAUGGGCGCCCGCACAUUGUUGCUUACCCAUAAACUAGAGACAAUUGGCGAGAUGUCUUGUAAUCCUUCUUUCGGUGGCAUUGGCAAGGGACAUCUAAUGCGUGAAAUAGACGCCUUGGACGGUGUCUGUGCCCGUUGCUGUGAUCUAUCAGGCGUGCAUUAUAAGGUGUUAAAUAAGCGCCGCGGGCCCGCUGUGUGGGGACCAAGAGCUCAAAUUGACCGGCAGCUAUACAAGCGAGCGGUUCAGAAGGAACUGUUUAACAUGCCAAAUUUACAGAUUCGUGCAGCGGGCGUAGACAAUCUUCAAAUCGAUGCAGAUCAAGAUGCUAGCAAUGGCACCCGCUGCAAUGGCGUUCUUUUGGAUAGUGGAGAACUUGUGCGCAGCCGCUCGGUAGUGCUCACCACGGGAACCUUUCUGCGCGCACACAUAAACAUCGGAUUGGAGGUGAGACCAGCAGGUCGAAUCGGCGACAAACCUGCCAAGGCGCUUGGCGAAGCUCUCAACAGACUGGGCUUUCGAAUGGGACGCUUGAAGACUGGAACACCGCCACGUAUUGCCAAGAGUAGCGUUGACUUUUCCCGGCUAGAGAGGCACAAUGCCGACGAUCCACCCAUGCCGUUCUCGUUUAUGAAUCGUGAUGUAUGGCUGCCCGCCAAGGAACAGAUGCAUUGUUAUCUGACCUAUACGACACCACGUGUCAAUGACAUUGUGCGCGAUAAUUUGCACGUUAAUCGACACGUCACAGAGGAAGUAACGGGGCCACGCUACUGCCCUUCAAUUGAAUCAAAGGUCUUGCGAUUUGGUGCUAGGGUCCAUCAAGUUUGGCUGGAGCCAGAAGGCUUCGAUAGCCCAUUAAUUUAUCCGCAGGGUAUAUCGUGCACUUUGCCGCACCCGCAGCAAAUUGAACUGGUGCGUGCCAUCAAAGGCCUCGAGAACGCCGAGGUCGUACAGCCGGGUUACGGCGUAGAGUACGACUUUAUAGAUCCUCGCGAGCUGUAUCCCACACUGGAAACGAAGCGUGUGACGGGUCUCUUUUUCGCUGGCCAGUUGAAUGGUACUACGGGAUACGAAGAGGCUGCCGCCCAGGGAAUUAUAGCUGGGGCUAAUGCGGCUGGCAGAACUGUGCAUCACGAUGGCCGACAACUAAAUAUUAGUCGAACUGAAGGUUACAUUGGUGUGUUAAUCGACGACCUCACCUCCCUGGGCACCAACGAACCAUACCGAAUGUUCACCAGUCGAGCUGAAUUCCGACUCUCUCUACGGCCAGAUAACGCCGACGUACGUCUCACAAGGAAAGGGCAUAAAUUCGGGCUGGUCAGUGAGCAGCGCUACCAGCACUUCCAGCAAACUGAGCACAAGCUUAAGCGCGGUAUUGAAGCGCUUAGGGGCUUGCAGAAGCACAGCAAUUUCUGGCGCCAAGCAUUAGGUCUGCCACAAUCCAAAGCUUCCAUACAGAAAUCUGCCUUCGACAUGCUAUCCGUGCCGGCGGAAAACAUUUCAGUCAAGCAGCUCAUCGAACUGUGUCCAACCGAAUUAAGCUGGUUGCAUGCAGAUGACGACUUGGCGUCCAGACUGAAAAUCGAGGCUCUUUACUCGUUCUUUGUGGAUGAGCAGCAGCGCGACGUGGAAGAUGUUAGACGGGAGGAGCGCUUGUGUAUACCUAGCGACAUCGACUACUUCUCCAAAUCUCUAAGUCUCUCCAAUGAGGAGCGUCAAAAGCUGACCCUUAUACAGCCUCAAACAAUUGCCGCAGCUAGCCGUAUUCAAGGCGUUACGCCAUCGACGAUUCUGCGGUUACUAAAGUACGUUAAAAAGUCUGAUGCCUUACGAACAAUUCCCGAAUAUAGUUGAAAACCUAAUUUUAGUAGCCAUUGUUAAAGCUAUUAGAUAAUUUAGUAAAUAUGUUUUUAAAACUCAUUUAAAUAUAAGUAAUAUAGUUUGACCAAAGUUCUAAAAAAGG